AUGCCGUCAUGGACCGUGGCCUCGUACCAUAUCAACAACGCGAGUCAGCUUAUCACAAACACAACACACACAAUCAUGUCCGACAUCAAGUUUGAAGGAUGGCUCGGCCACAGCCCCGACAGCGUCAACGGAAAGAUGGAAUGGGGCGCGUUCGAGCCCAAGAAGUGGACUGAAGACGACGUCGACAUCGAGAUCUCCCACUGCGGUAUCUGCGGUUCUGACCUUCACAUGCUCCGCUCGGGCUGGGCUGAGACCCCUUAUCCUUGCUGCGUCGGACACGAGAUCGUCGGCAAGGCCGUCCGCGUCGGCAAGAACGUGAAGCACGUCUCCGUUGGUGACCGCGUAGGUGUCGGUGCGCAGGCUCGCUCCUGCAUGAAGUCCGACUGCCCCGAGUGCUCCAUCGGACGCGAGAACUACUGCGGCCGUGCCAACAUCAGCACAUACGGCUCCGUCUACCCCGAUGGUGAGGGCAAGGCAAUGGGUGGCUAUGCCGACUACAACAGAACCAACGGACACUUCGUCAUCAAGAUCCCGGAUGGUAUUCCUUCUGAGGAUGCCGCGCCCAUGCUUUGCGGUGGCAUCACGGUCUUCUCCCCGUUGAAGGAGAACGGCUGUGGACCUGGAAAGACUGUCGGUGUCGUUGGUGUUGGUGGUCUUGGCCACUUUGCUGUGCUCUUCGCCAAGGCCCUCGGCGCUGACAAGGUCAUUGGUAUCUCCAGAAAGGCCACCAAGAAGGACGAGGUCCUGAAGCUUGGAGCUGAUGAGUACAUUGCGACCGACGACGACAAGGACUGGUCCAAGACCAACGCCCGCAGCAUCGAUCUCAUCAUCUCUACCGUGUCCAGCGAGAAGAUGCCCCUGCAACAGUACCUGAGACUGUUGAAGGUCUACGGCACAUUCAUCCAGGUCGGUGCCCCCGACGGUGGUAACCUGCCUCCCAUCAACGCCUUUACUCUGCUCGCCAGCGGUAUCAAGGUUGGUGGCAGCGGUAUUGGCUCUCCCUCCGAUAUCAGGGAGAUGCUUGAGCUCGCUGUCGAGAAGAAGGUCAAGCCUUGGGUCCAGAAGCGCCCGCUUAAGGACGCCAACAAGGCCAUUGUCGACAUGGAGCAAGGCCAUGCUCGUUACAGAUACGUUCUGGUUAACGAGAAGCACGCUAAGUUGUAA